GCUAAGGUGAAAAUACCUUUCGGAAACAAAUAUUUAGAUGCUGUUUUUUCCAUCCCUGCCAAAAUCCUACCGUAUGCUGUGAUUCUUACUCAUGGAGCAUCUGGCGAUAUGAAUUUUUCUCAUCUAACAUCGUUGGCAAACUACCUUGUCUCUCAUGGAGUUCUGUGCCUUAGGUUUACCUGCAAAGGCCUUAACAUUGCCUAUCGAACUAAAGCAUAUAAGGCAGUUCUG